AUGGCCGACAAUAUAAGCGAAGCAUUUAAGGGUCCAUCUUUUGUGAGUAACUGGGAGUCUUUAUCAGCAGGCGAUCCUACUACAGAUAUACGUCAUAAUCUUGGACAGUAUCCAUUGAAAGUUGAUGUCCAGAUUUUGGUAACUAAAGAAGGAGUCGAUUAUAUCUUCACCGGUUCUGGAGCAGCACAGAGGGACGAUGACAAUGAUUUCUAUUUUGGUGGAGUCAUUUAUAUCUAUAACACAGAGAUUGUGAAAAUAAUAGUACCGAAAGCAUCAACAUAUGCAGGCAUUGCUUACACAGGUUCUUCCUUAUAUUAUAACGGGGGUACCAACAUGUGGUUCACUUCGGGGAAAGUUCGAGUUCGGUUGUGGACAGCAAAUGAUUUACCACAACCAGACUUUUCAGCACGGACGAAAAUGGAUGCAAACCAAUUACCAACUUUCCGGGAAUUCAUACAUGGUUUAGGACAAUAUCCAAAUAUGGUCACAGUGCGCAUAGAGCUUGAUGAUGGUUUCAUUUCUGAUGGUCAAGGAACAUUGUGUUGUGCUUAUGAUGGCUGGUCGACCAGUAAGAUUGAAUAUAGUGGAAAAGUACAUGUAUUGGCAUGGAUACUCGACGAAGAGAAUGAUGACUUCGAUAGCUAUUAUCAAAAUAUCAGUAUUCAUUAUGCAACUAACCCUGUACCGUUACCAACAAUACUUAAUAUAGACGACUUUUUUGUUACCGUUGAAGUAGAAAUGUUGUCCGGCGAUAAUAGCGGAUAUCGAUUUCAAACAGCAGGAUCAGCGAUGACCAAUAGUAAAAGCGAUUUUGGUGGACUUGUAUAUGCUUAUACAAAUAGCAGUGUAGAAACAUGGGUGCCAAAUUCAAAGGGUCAUGUACAAUUUGUAGGAAAUGACUGGGGAGGCGGUGUAUGCUCUAGUCGAGAGGAUGCUGGUCAUUUAGUAGUUAACAUUUUUACUUUCCGAGAUAAUAGUAAGUAA